AUCUCUAUUUGCAGAACAAUGCUAUUGUUGACCAAAGUUUUUGUUCAUUUCGGGCAAAAACGCGUCGAAUAAGCCUAAUGUCGUCGAUUUCUGAAGUGACGCUGCUAAACUGAACAAUUACCUCUUUAUUUACAGAUAAAUAGACAAUAAAUACAAAGCAAAAUGGAUAUAAUAAAGGAACAUCUGCUUGUACCAACGAAAUAUAUGAUUCUGACAGACGAUAGAAUUUGUUUGACAGCUCACAGAAACUGGCUGUCUCGUUUUUUAUCAAUUGGCCCAUUGAAUUUUAUCAGUCAUGAUCGUUUGUCCAAUGAUGAAAUUGCGGCACAGCCCACUAUCGAUGAAUUGGGUAGCGAUUGGCUGAAAAUUUAUGCAAAAGUAUAUAUAAAACAACACAGAAAUGUAAUUCCUUUACCGAGAGGAAGAUCUAUUAGUAAUAUAAGGAACCAGGCAGAGUUAAUGUUUUCACAAUUGCUGCAUUAUGUGGCAGAGACUAAUUAUCGAAAUUUAUGGAAAGAAAUGUACAAGAAGUAUUACAAUCCCUGGAAUUUUGUUGAACAAAAAGAACAUUCUAAUAUCAGUGCUAAUGUAAACGAUGUUACUAUUAUGCAUGAAAUACUGAAUAGAAUGUAUGGUUGCACAGUAGUACAAGUGCAACAUGGGACAGUUUUAUCGAUAUCAAAUGGUAUAAUGUCUAAAACGCAUUGUAAUCUGGUACCAAUUCAUUUUGUCAUAGAAACAUCAUCUGCAUUUAUAAUGUUUUAUGAACAGACUGCCAAUUAUUCUCUUCGUGAGUGUGUAAUGUACAGUCCUGCCGCUCUUAAUGCAAGUUAUGGAAAACCUUUAUUUGUAAUUUAUCAGUUAUUAAGAUUAUCCAGAGACUUGCACGAUCGUGGUCUUGCAUUAGGCGAGAUUACACUUAGUGACAUAUUAAUUACAGAUAAUUUUACUAUUCAGGUAUUACCAAAGAUAAAUGAUAAUAUUUAUUUAAAACCUGAUAGCGAAUGUAUAAAUAUUUCUCAAGAACAUAAAGAGAAAAAUUCAAAUAGCAAUAUUUACGGUAAAAAAGAUGAUAUACUUCGUUCAACUAAUACUGACUUUGGUUUAAAUGAGAAUAUUGAAAAAUUAUGCGAGAUGUGGAUGUAUAAUUGUAUUAGCAACUUUGAUUAUUUAACUGCGCUCAAUAAUUUGGCUGGUAGGAGAUACGGCAAUCCUAGCUGCCAUCAUGUUAUGCCAUGGGUGACAGAUUUUACAACAAGAAGUGGUGGUAACUGGAGAGAUUUAACAAAGUCGAAAUUUCGAUUAAACAAAGGGGAUAGACAAUUGGAUCUUACAUUUGACUCACAAUCAACAGAGGUCGGACAUCAUGUAUCUGACGUCUUGUCAGAGAUUACCUACUAUGUAUAUCUCUCACGUCGAUAUAGUAAAUCUGUUCUUUGUAAACAUGUACGACCAUUAUGGGUACCUGGAGAAUAUCCAGCUUCAAUUCAAAGAUUACAUGAUUGGAGCCCCGAUGAAUGUAUCCCACAAUUUUUCACUGAUCCUAGUGUUUUUAAGUCCAUCCACGAGGAUUUGCUAGAUUUAGAAAUUCCAGCAUGGGCAACUUCUCCAGAAGAUUUUAUCGAGAAACAUAGAGAGGCAUUGGAAAGUUUUUAUGUUUCAGAAAGAUUACAUCAUUGGAUAGACUUGACCUUCGGCUACAAAUUAUCUGGUUUCGCUGCUAUAAAAUCAAAAAAUGUUUGUUUACAAUUAGUCGAUAAUCAUACUGAUUUAAUUAAUUCUGGUAUUGUACAACUUUUCACACAACCACAUCCACAAAAAAUUAUUCCGUCUCCCUAUUGGGGUAAAGUACCACCGCGUCUUCGAUCGAUAUCUUUAACCAAUAAAAGUAAAAGUGAUCAACCUACGAGUAAGAUCAGUGACGAUGAAGGCCACAGUUCUGGUAUUGAAGAAGAAGAAUUAUCUGCGACAAUAACGAACGUAUCAAGAUCGUCACCUCUUGUAUUAAGUCGUUUAUUGAGUCGUUCUAGAGGUUCUUUGCUGUCAGAAGAUAAUGUUAAGUCGGAUAAAUCUAUUAAUCAGCCCAUUACUCUUCCAAAGGAUUUCAACCCUAUUGCGGCACUUAUACAAGUAGAAACUACACAUGCUUUUAUGCAUAAGAUUAACCAUCAAAAUUAUAAACUUGCAACAGGAUCACACGAUAUUUCCACAAAUUACAAGCAAAUUGUGGCUAGUGGACGUAUUAAGGAGCUACAAAUACUAGGUUGUCUAAUAGUAGAAAUAUUUUUAGCCGACAAAUUCCGCGCAACCUGGAAUGUUGAAAAAGUAUUAUUCGCGCAAAGGAUCACGACAUGUCUAAAUAUCUUGAAGACAUCAGCAGAUAAUUUACCGAAAUGUAUAAGAAACAUCGUAUCUUUAUUAUUACAAAUUGAUAUUAUGCCAAAGAGUUAUAAUGUAGGCAAUAUAGAGAUGAAUGACAUUUCAACGAUGAAUGAGACUCCUUUUCGUUAUCCGACAAUAACAUACAUGGGUCUUCCACCACCAUCUGCUCAUCAAUUUCUUCAACCAAUUUUAUCUGGCAGUCUGUUUCCAUUCUCCAAAUACUGCCAAUACUUAUACAACAUUGUGGAAAUGUUGCAAGAAUAUAAUAGUUUGAUACGAGAAUUAAAUGCUAUCGUGAAGACCGAGGACGACAUAAAUUUUACUAUAAAAACAAAGACAAAGUAUUUAUGUAAAAUUAGCGAGUGUAAAGUAAAAGCAAUUGCUAGAGAAUUAGAACGACUAUUACCUUAUGCUGGCGGCAUGAGAGAAGCCACGUUACAGUUGAUAGUGCCUCACAUAAUGCAGAUUAUGGAAGAACCUUAUAGUGCGGUAUUGGGAGUAUGGCAUCUUUUUGAUCCGAUUGCAAAAACAUUAGGACCGAAGGAUACAGCUAAUACAUUCCUUUCACCUAUUACAAAACUAUAUGAAAACGGUUCUAUUAUGGAUACUGCAUUGUACGUUGAUAUAAUACCUGCGGGGAUGCUUGCAAAAUUUCGAACUACUCGACUGUAUCACAGAACGUUUUUGUUGAAGUUGAUAGUUCGGUUAGGGCUACGUAAAUUCUUAGAUAAUUUUAUAAAUCCUUUGGUAGAAGCAGUGGGAGGAUAUAAAGAUUAUGUACAGGGUUCGAUUGACACAUGCACACAUAGGACUGUGAAUUUGAAGAGCUGCGAUUUAAGUGGACCUUGCAGUGAAGGAGAAGGUAUUUUAUCUCCAUUAGAUGAAGAUUCAUUUGCAGACACUGAACACACUGUUGCUGCAUCGUCUGUACCAACAAUCAACGAUCAGACGUCUAAUGUAAUGAAAAAUAAUGAUAUUGAGGAGGUAUUUACCAUGGAGACAGAGGAUAAUUUAUGGACUUCUUUAAACAAUACCGUGCCGUACGAUAUUGACUUACAUAUAGACCUCAACUUGAAUGCCUGCGAUGAUACAAAUGAUGAUAGAAAUAAAAAUUCGCCUGAUGAUUCUGCAAAAUCGUCAACGAUUCCAAUACCUGAACAAUCAAAUAAUGGAGUUAAAUUAGUAACUGAUUUUAACAGCAUUGGUUGUAACGUUGGAAGUAAAACUUCCAGUGAAGAUUUUACUUAUGUUAACGCAUAUGGCAUGAAUAUUUAUUCGGAUAGUAAUCUCCCAGAAAAUAUGUGCAAUAUAGAUGUUAAGGAUGAUAAUUCUGCAGUGCUUUCCGCGGAUUGUGAUAAUAAAAAUGACGUGAUUAAAUCUGACGAAAAUUUACAGCAAUUGGAUCAUCUUUACCGAAAAUCUAUUUUAAGUGAAUGCACAAUUUCUGAGAUGAGCGCAGAAUCUGUUAUAUGGUUAUCCCAUAGACUCGGCCCGGUACUCACAGCACGAUACCUGUCGCGAAAUCUUCUGAGAAUGCUGACGUUAUGUUACGCUGGGAAAGAAAAUUUAACAUCAAUUGAUGAUAAUAAUUUCAUGCAUCUGAAGGGCGUUACAUGGAAGAAGCCGAUAUUAGCUGGUGAUCAAAACGCUAUUAAAGUUUUAGAGUGCCUCACAUCUAUUGCAGGAUUAUAUGGCGAACAAAUUAUAUUGCUGCAAUACUUUGCACAUAUAGUCGAGCUAUUAGCGUUGUGUAAGAGAAAGUUAACACAGAAUUUAGAAGGAGGCCUAAUUUCUUGUCUGGCUCUAUUAAAUCACAUUACAGUAUAUCUUAGCGAUUCUACGGUGAUGGAUGUGCUUCAUGAGCCGAUUGUUAAAUCCAUAUUGCAUCCCACAGUACGCAUAUUAUCAACCGCGAGAUUUACAUUUCCAAAUGGAACGCUUGCGCGUGUUGCUUUAGCUGAAAAAUGUUUGGAAGCAAUGUUCAUUCUUAGCUUACGGCUUGGCAAUGUGAUCACAAAAAAUCAUUUAGCAGUACCAAUUCAACGCUUCUUUCUGGCUUUUGAUAAAGCUUUCAGUGAAAACUUAGACGGUGGAGUUUCAGCAAAUAAUUUUGGACAAAAAGCAGAUACGACCUACGAACAUUUCGUACGAAUGAAAGCCACAAACGAAGAAUCUGUUAAUAUUGGAACUUAUACAUGGAAAAAACUAGAUACAGAUAUUGCAGAUUCGUAUUCUCCUCCAAUCGUAGAAAAUAACGACGUGCUAGACUUGCAAAGAAAUAGAGCAUUUGAAGAAUUACGAGCUGUGUUCACUAUUGAGUUUGCUCACAAAGCCUAUAUGCUUUUUUAUAGAUGUAUUCAUAUUGAAAUGAUGGAACAUAUACUUAAAAAUCACGAGCAUAUACAACAGCUUUGUCAUGAAUACGAGCAAGGAAUAAAAACAACUUCUGUAAAUAACGAUAAUGCAGAUAAGUACAAUACUUCCGUGGAUUGUGAUGAUACCGAGAAUGUAGAAUCAGUUGACAAAGGUGCUUGCAGCUUCGGGAACAUAUCUGUAAUAGGAAACAGAUUCGAGAUACAGAAAGAUGAUGCGAGAUCUCAAGUGCCAGAGACGGGUAUUGUUGCCAGUCGCGAAACAACUUGUCCGUCAUCUGCUGGUAGACAACUACGCGGUAACUGGUUAGCUUAUUGGGAGCAUGAGAUAGGAAGACCAGAGAAGGAUACAAUAUUUAAUAUAAAGCAGAUAAAACUUCAGUCUUUCAACGGACAUACAAAUAGUGUAAGAUGUCUUUAUGUAUUAGACAAUGAGAACAGUUUUAUGAGUGGUAGCAGAGAUAAAACUGUUAAACUGUGGAGUUUACGGAGCCAGGGUGAUGGUACUACAGUUUCAUCAUGUCAGUAUACAUAUACCGGACACAAAAAGUCUAUUCUUUCACUUACAUUCUUGGAAUCUUUGAGAUAUGCAGUGACAUGCGACGGCAUAAUUCAUUGUUGGGACCCUUACAUGGGCUCACUUCUCGGAUGUCCGGAAAGCAGUCGUCCAGUUCCUGUGAAUAUUUUAGCUUCGAGUCCUUCCCCUUCUACAACUCUUCUUGUAGGAACAACCGAUAUUACUCUUAGAGUUAUUGAUUGUAGAAUAUUUCAAUAUGUUAAUGAAAUGAAAAUUUCCAUGAAUCCAACGGGUUUGAUAAGAUGUAUCGCAGUGUCGCCUAGUACUAACUGGGUCGCUUUAGGUCAAGCAUCAGGUUUCUUAACGAUACUCGAUACUCGCACCGGUCUGAUCAUAGCAUCUUGGAAGGGACAUGAAUGUGAGAUAUUGCAAUUAGAAGCGAUAAAUGAAACUACUAUAGUUAGUUCUUCUUUGGAUCAAACUAUAGCUGUGUGGAGUGCAAUAGACGGAAAACUUAAAUUUCACAUGAAAGGCGCAACAGAACCUGUUCAUUGCAUGGCAAUGCACGAACAAGCAUUGGUAAUAGGAACAACAGCAAAUCGAAUUGGUGUUUAUACCGCUGUAGAAACGACUGCUUCAUUAAGCUCAUCUAAGUUAAGAUCUGACGCUUUUAAAGGCAUUCUUACUGCUUUGGCGGUCCUGCCUCUCAAUCGAUUACUAUUAUUAGGUGCUGAUAAUGGUGGAAUAACACUACUGUGUUAGAGCGUUAUUUACAAAACAUAG